AACGCCCAGCUCACUUCCUGGUCUCCCUGUCAAACACAGCUCUGCGCGAAAGCCUCGGUGGAUCACCACAGAUGCCCUCAGCUGACGCCCCGACGCACCGCGGUAUCUCCUCACCCGACCGAUACUACAUGACCAAUGGCUUUCCGGAAAGUUCUGAAGCGGACGGCCAUCGUGGGCACGGGGGCCGCGGCCACACUCUUCGGCCUAUCACAGCUGGUGGAGUACAGGAAGACACAGCAUGGAUUGGUGCGUCUCGCCCGCCAGGCGGCGGAGAUGGAGCUUAAGGUCCCGUUCGCUGACGAGCUGCCGUCCCGCGGUGCCCAGCUGGCCACCCUGAGGGACACUGAGGAGUUUGACGUCCUCAUCGUCGGGGGCGGGGCCACGGGGGCCGGCUGCGCCCUGGAGGCCGUCACACGCAACCUGAAGACGGCGCUGGUGGAGAGGAACGACUACUCGUCCGGGACCAGCAGCCGGAGCACCAAGCUGAUCCACGGCGGAGUGCGCUACCUGCAGAAAGCCAUCAUGAAACUGGACUACGAGCAGUACAUGAUGGUGAAGGAGGCCCUCCAUGAACGUGCCAACCUGUUGGAAAUUGCUCCUCACCUAUCAGCGCCAUUACCCAUUAUGCUCCCUGUCUACAAAUGGUGGCAGCUGCCGUACUACUGGGCAGGCAUCAAGAUGUACGACCUGGUGGCCGGCAUGGAGUGCCUGAAGAGCAGCUACGUGCUCAGCAAGACGAAAGCCCUGGAGCUCUUCCCCAUGCUGAAGAAGGACCGGCUGGUCGGGGCCAUCGUCUACUACGACGGUCAGCACAACGACGCGCGCAUGAACCUAGCGAUCGGCCUCACCGCGGCUCGCUACGGUGCCGCCAUGGCUAACUACACGGAGGUGGUUAACCUGCUGAAGAGGGCCGACCCUGAGACGGGCGUUGAGAAGGUCUGCGGCGCACGCUGCCGCGACGUGCUCACGGGUCAGGAGUUUGACGUGCGAGCCAAGUGUGUGAUCAACGCCACUGGGCCCUUCACCGACUCACUGCGGAAGAUGGACGACCAGAAGACCACCAACAUCUGCCAGCCUAGCGCCGGGGUGCACAUCGUCAUUCCCGGCUACUACAGUCCGGACAACAUGGGUCUCCUGGACCCCGCCACCAGCGACGGCCGCGUCAUCUUCUUCCUGCCCUGGGAGAAGAUGACCAUCGCUGGGACCACCGACUCCCCCACAAACGUCACAGCCCACCCCAUCCCCACCGAGGACGACAUCACCUUCAUCCUCAACGAGGUCCGCAACUACCUCAGCCCCGACGUGGAAGUACGUCGUGGGGACGUGCUGGCAGCCUGGAGUGGGAUCCGGCCCCUGGUGACGGACCCCAACUCUAAAGACACCCAGUCCAUCUGCAGGAACCACAUCGUCAACGUCAGCCAGAGCGGCAUGGUCACCAUCGCUGGGGGAAAGUGGACUACGUACCGCUCCAUGGCGGAGGAGACGCUGGAUGCGGCCAUCCAGACCCACGGCCUGGAGGCGUCAGCCAGCAAGACCGUGGGUCUGGUCCUGGAGGGGGGCCGCGACUGGUCGCCCACCCUCUACAUCCGCCUGGUGCAGGACUACGGCCUGGAGAACGAGGUGGCCCAGCAUUUGGCGUCGACAUAUGGCGGGAAGGCGUUCGAAGUGGCCAAAAUGGCGCAGGUCACCGGUAAGAGAUGGCCCAUCGUCGGCAAAAGGCUGGUGUCCGAGUUUCCCUACAUCGAGGGCGAGGUGCUGUACGCCAUCAAGGAGUAUGCCUGCACGGCCAUUGACGUCAUCGCCCGGCGCACGCGGCUGGGCUUCCUCAAUGUCCAGGCAGCCGACGAGGCCCUGCCGCGCAUCGUGGAGCUAAUGGGCAAGGCGCUCAACUGGACCAGCGACCGGAAAACUGAUGAGUUGGAGGCAGCCAGGAAGUUCCUGUACUAUGAGAUGGGCUACAGGACUCGGUCAGAACAACUCACGAAGACCUCUGAGAUCAAUCUGGACUACCAGGAAGUAGUCAGGUACAAAAACCGCUUCCACAAGUUUGACAAGGAGAGCAAAGGAUUCAUCACAACGGUGGACGUACAGAGCGUGCUGCAGAGCAUCAACAUUCAGAUCGAUGAGAACUCCCUGCAUGAGAUCCUCAGCGAGGUGGACCUCAACAAGAACGGACAGGUGGAGAUCGACGAGUUCCUGCAGUUGAUGAGUGCGGUGAAGAAGGGCCAGGUGUCUGACAGCCGUCUGGCCAUCCUGCUGAAGACGGCUGAGGAGAGUUUGGACUUGAGGGCGCCCGUGUCCGUAGACCGCAGCGGGGGCGGAGUCUAAUCGGACCACGCCCACUCCCUAGACCACACCCACCUUCCUUUCCCUGUUCUUGUCGUUUUUGUCAACGCGAGAAAGAAAACGACAACGACAACAAGAAGAAGGUAGGUCGUAUGGAGAUGAGACCCAUUUCAAUGACAAUGCUGCAAUCAAGGGACGCAGCCGUGGUGAUUUGUCUUUGGCCAAAUCAAGCCCAGGCUCAUAACCACGAGGGGGCGGUUACUGUGUGAGAGAGACUAAUGUCCAGUGAUCAACAAAUCCGUCUCCGCUAGUGGUGGAGAGUCGUACCUGGGGCCGGGUAAGGGCAACUGAUUGCCGCUUCACGACGUUGAUUGACGCCUCUGAUCUGAUCCAUCUCUGUCAUCCACCAGGCCGCUGGCACAGUUCCCGCUUCGUUCUGCUUGUGUCUGUUAGUCGUUUUCUUUUAACUUUUAUUUGGAUUGACGUGAUUUGUUGUCGGCUUUUCUAGAUAUGUUGCUGCUGAUGAUUUACGCCAUGUUAAUCUCGAGUGAAAUGUAAGAAGGUAUUUUCAUUCAAUAACACUGCAAGACUGUAACCGUUUCGAGUGCUUUCCACAUACAUGCGCCGAUUCCGGGGUUAUGUCUCACCAGGGAAGGUGGAUUCAUUCAUCCCUCUAAACGCAAAGGUUUCUAUUGGUCAUCAGUGCUAGCCUGUUAACUAGCCCCAGCUCCUGUUCAUGGCUAAUGUUAGUAGCCAUAAGUGUCUUGUUGGAGUUAACUCUUUUUUGGAAUAGCAGUGACAAUAUGGACUCCUUUCUGGAAACUACAGUUCCCACUAGUAAAGCGAUACUUGGCAAAUUUCAACACAUUCAGAAAUCAUUUGGUAAUUAGCAUCCACUAUCCAUCACAGAAUUGCAAACCCUUUUCAUUAAAGUUAGAUAAGUUAAAGUAAGGAUUAGGAUUUGUCAUUGUGGGGACUCUUUUAUGUUUGAGACACACCACUUACUUGUGGGGACCAAGGCCACACCUGGCCCUGCAACUAGUGCUUUCUAAGACUUUCUAACGCCAUACACGCACUCCUGCCUUUCUAUUGCACUACUGCCCGAGUCCUGCUGGGAGAAGGUUUACAACACAAGAUUUCCCGCUUUAUCUUUGCUCUUCAGAGUUUGGAAAACAAGAUUUUUUGUCGUCAUAACCGACGUCACGCUCCUUUUAUAACAGAUGUAUAAACUCUUACUCUCGCUCACUUCUGAGACACACUCGGAGUGUACUUUUUAUAUUUACCGGGAUCAGUGACGCUGACGCACAGAUAACUGAAUCACAAAGGGAGACGUGUGGGGUGAUGGGAUCUGAGUGAUUCUAAAAAAAAAUAGUUGGCUUGAAAAAAUCUGUUAUGUGUACAGAUGCUUUAGCAUAGGGUUCUUCGUACCAAAAUGUAAUAUAUUUUAUAUUUAUAUUUUAACAUAUUUUAUAUUUGAAUCUUUGUCGGAGUGAAGGGGGUUCUGUAAAGGUUAACAGCAGAUACAGGAAAGUGUAUGAAAAACAAGGAGACCAAAGGUUAAUAGCAGAUACAGGAAAGUGUAUGAAAAACAAGGAGCCCAAUGAACUGUAAAUUAUCUGUUUUAUUGAGUCCUAUGUGUCGCUCGGUUUGGUCUUAAUCUCUCAAACGUAGUCUUUUACGUUUCAGUUAUUUUAAGUUGGAUGCAGUCAAUGAGGAUACAAAUUGGAAAGUAGCGAUAUGAAUGUAUGCAAUGUGCCUUUAUUUGGUCAAAUAUCAGAUGAAAUGUCCCUACUUUCACUGCUUUACUCCGUCUCACUCUGUGAAAUUCAAUUAGCAUGCAAAGAUACUAAUUGAAUAUAUAUAUAUAUAUUAGUGCUGUAUUUUUUAAUAUUCUAAAUAUCCCUUGAUUUCGUGCUGCCAGACUUUUAGUGAGAUCAGAGAGUUUUGAGAAGGACAGUAAUAAAAUAUAUUUGGUAAGAUGGAUAGUCCACUGGUCCACUUGACAUCGGGUAGGUGCAUGACAGUGGUAGGCCUACCGUAAAACUUCAAUAGCCCAGGCUUUUAUUUGUUUCAAUCACAGAACUUUCGAACAAAACCCUUGCUCCGCAUAGAUGGGAAAUAUUAAUUAUUUUAAACCAGUAUGAAUAUUCCUACCGUACAUAGGCCUAUACACAUAACCAGGCUAUCGAAAAAGGCCCACACACGCACACACGGUGGCGGAGUGGUAAUCGGGAGAGUUGGGAGAAUUCCCAGCCGGCCGUUAACGUUUCGGGGCUGUCGGGCUGAUUACUGCGGGAAAAACAAUAUUGCGUUUGUAAAAGUUCCUUGCAGCGCUGUCCGGCAGCCUGAGCUGUGCGCCCGCAACCUCUCACUCACUCAACAGCCGCAUCACUAACAAAUUGUCAACGUCGCAACCAAGUCGAUUUUGUCUAGAGAGGAGUAACUGGGCGGCCCCUCCUGAAGUGGUACAGCCCAAGUGGGCCUUGAACUGCGAUUGGUCAGAAAGACGUAACAGCUAAUGACAACGUUGAACUCUUGUGCAGGCUCGAACAGAGUGACACACAAACAAGCACACACUAUUACAGUUUUUUUCACCCGCUCCGUAUCAUUGCUUGCCCCACGAAGUUUGUGCGGCGUGCUUGUUGUUUUGUUUCCGGUGUUGCUAGAUCCGUUAUGGUGUUGUCAUUUUUCUAACGCGACUAGUUGUUGCUAGACAGCAGGUGAAAAAACGACAAAGUUUGCCAAGCCAAAAGAGUGUUAGUCGCGCGCUAAAAAAAUUAACGCCGUUAAAAUUGGUUUGCAUUAAAGCCGUCAAUAACGCUUUAAACUGACAGCACUAAUGUAUGUAUAUAUAUAUAUAUAUAUAAUGGAUAUUAUCUAAAAGGAUUUAUGUGCUGUUUUGUGUGCAGAAGUCGGCUCGGUUCUUGCCACGUUUUGACACGUUGCCAUGGUAAUAGAAACAAAGUUAAGCUAUAUUUUUGUGAUA